UGUAUCUCCAUAAUCGUGUUUAUUACUAUUGUGAUGAUCAUUUCAACACGAAGAUGCGAGAGAGUCUUCGGCGGCUGGCGUCGGAGGACGGCACCAUGCCUCGCCACGCCAACGGCUCCGUCAAGGUCGACCUGCUCAAUGGAGAGACCAUCAACAUUGUCGUUCAGCGUAAAGCCACCGGGGCCGAUCUCCUGGACCUGAUCUGUGACAACCUCGACCUAAUAGAGAAGGACUACUUCGGUUUGCUGCACACCCAGCGUGGAGACCCGCGCGUCUGGGUCGACCUGCACAAACGACUGUCCAAGACCUUUCGCAAUGAGCCAUGGGAGGUGCGGUUCGCGGUCAAGUUCUACCCGCCGGAGCCCUCGGAGCUGAAGGAUGACGUCACACGCUACCAACUGUCUCUGGCUAUACGACAGGACGUGGUGGAAGGUCGUCUCGUCUGCUCCACCAUAACCUACGCGCUGCUGGCGUCCUACGUCCUGCAGGCGGAGGUGGGCGACCGCGGCGGGCGUGUCAGCGCGGCGCUGCUGGCUGCACACAACGCCAUACCCCUGGAUGUGCUCAAUCCAGACCUGGAGGACAAAAUAGACGAGCUUUAUAGGAAACACAAAGGCCAAACACCAGCGGAGGCGGAGCUGCGCUACCUGGAGAACGCGAAGCGACUGCCGCUGUACGGCGCCGACCGACACACGGUGAAGGACUCCGACGACGUCGACAUCUGUCUCGCGAUCUGCGCACACGGCGUCUCCGUUAUGAGAGAUGGGAUGCUGAUGAACCGGUUUCCGUGGGCGAUGAUCCUGAAGAUCAGCUACAACAAGCGCGUGUUUGCGCUGCGACUGCGUGCUGGCGAGUGUGACGAGUUCGAGAGCGCCGUGCAGUUCCGCACCGCCGCCAGCAGACACAGCCGCCGACUGUGGCGCAGCGCCGUCGAGCACCACAUCUUCUACAGACGGUCAGAGCCGGUGAAAGUGAGCCGGAUAUCCGGUUUUCCCCGACUGGGUUCCCGCCGCCUGUCCUGCCGCCGUACGCUGCGUCAGCUCCGAGACCCUGGACCCGUGGAGAUAUCCGCGAGAGCGUGACACCGGAAAAAAUAGACUCCAUCAUGAGUCUUAAAGACUGGAAGGCACCAAACUCAUUUGUUGAUAACAUACUCUUAGUAACUUUUAUGCCAAAAUAAAAAAAAACCUCGAUGCCCAAUGGCCAUAUCUACUGUA